AUGCGAACAUUGGUGCCUUUUAAGAAUUUUGGUAUUCCAUCAAUUGGUCUUGCACGUUUUGGAUGCGCAAAUCGUCCAUUCUACCAAAUCUGUGUCUUUCCUGACAAAAGUCUUGGCCGGCGUUACGAGGGAAAUAUUAUUGAACAGAUUGGAACUUUUGAUCCCCUACCUAAUUCUCGUAACGAAAAACUUGUUGCAAUUGACAUCCUUCGCCUAAAAUAUUGGUUUGGAGUUCGGAACGCCCGUGUUUCAGCCACACUUUUAGAGCUGCUUGGUAUUGCUGGCCUUUUCCCGAUUCAUCCGAAAACUUUUGUACGCGCUCGGAAAUAUCGAGAUCUAGCUGCUGCUGCUACUGCAGCUGCUGCGGAAGCAGAAGUUUCGAAAAAUACUGAAAAGGAAAAAAAGACCGACUCCGAGCAAGAGAAAUCUUUAGAAGAAAAACAAUAA